AGAAGAACUAACCUUACUUUUACAUUAAACGUCAAAUCAUUUAGAAAUUGGCGACUAAAAAUUAAUUAAAAUAUAUUUUAUGAAGUUAUGACAUUGUAAAAAGACUUUUGGAAUAAGAUGAUGCAUAUAUAUCAAAUACAAUGAGUCAGCUGUAUUUAUGUUGUACCGAUAGAUCUUUCAACUUGGGGAUAUUUAUACUGAAAGACUGUAAUAUCGAAACUCCAGAAGAACCCAUUGAAAUAAAUGUUUCCAAACGAGUAGACGUAGAUAGUGUGUUUGUACAUUAUUUGAUGAAAGAAUUAUUUCUUAGUGAUUUGUACAGGACUCAUUUCAUUCAAAAUUUUACAAAAAAACAUAAAAUUGAAUUACUAAAACUUUAUUUACUACCGACCAAGUACAAUUUAAUAGACUACAAUUGGAAUGAACGAGUGUAUCAGUUAGUUAGAGAAAGGUGCGAAUUAGACCAUACUUUAUCUUGGCUAUCUACUUUAGGAGGUGCUUUCUCAGCUUUAGGUGACUAUUUUGCUACCUGUGCUGAAACAGCUGGAAAAAUAUCAGUACAUCAACUAAAACUAGCACUUAGAUUACGUGACCCGAGUAUAGCAGCAAGAUGCAGACUUUAUUUAAGUUUGAGUUUAAUACAAAAGAAGAAGUACAAACUUGCAAGGUGGAUAAUAGAACGUGAAUAUGAAAAUGCCAAAAGUGCCACUGUGAUUGAUGCAAGACUUUUAAAUAUGUGUCGAGAUAUUUCCAAACUGCGAACAACUCCGCAUAACCAUGUACUUUAGUGCACUCCAAGGAAUAUGGCCAAUGAUAUUCGAAGACAACCCAAAGCUAAAGAGAAUAUACAACGUUUAUUCUAAAAUUUCAUCUACGUACUUCAUAAUAUUCAGUAUUACAGUCUACAUUAAAUUCGUUCUAAUAUUUACCGAAAACCCAAUAGACGUCACUGAAUUGUUCCUAAAUCUUACCUUGAAUUUUUAUUUCACAGUAACAAUUUGGAGAACUAUUCUUUUUAGGGGUCCAAUGGUUCAGAGGAUGAUCAAGGAUAUCAUUAUUUGGGAAAAAAGGAUUAUGGAAAGUGGAGAUAAGGAGAUCAUUAAAAUUUACAAUUAUUAUGUUUCACAAACAAAAAUUGGAAGCAAGAUGUACAUCAUUUUUGUAUUAAUCGGAGGAGCAUUUUUUAUACUUCAUCCUUUAGGAUUGGACCCAUUUAUAAGACACGAUUAUGUAAACAACGUAACAAAAAUAAUACGACCUCUACCACUAUCCUCUUGGUUUCCUUGGGACGAACAAAAAUACUACGUCCAAAGCUAUUUAUUGCACAUUCUAGACGAUUAUACAGCUUCUAUCUUCAUGGCUAGCACCGAAACUAUUACAUACGCUAUAACUAUUUUUCUUUUGGGACAAAUUGCUAUCCUGAACCACAUUUUAGCUAAUUUUGAGCACUACGUGUUCAAGAUACAGAAGCAACUUGAUGUUAAUUUUGAUGAAGCGAUGUUUUUGACACUUCGAGAAUGUAUUUUGAAGCAUCAAGACAUUAUCGA